AUGGGUUCAUGUAGUUCAAAAAAGCAGAAGAGAAUAAUCUUGGAUAAAUCAUUUCAAAAGACUACUUCCACUAGUGUAACUCCAAUCAAACCUAAAAACUUGGCUUUGAAUUUACAAAAAAUCUAAAAUGACGAUUUGGAGGUUAAUGAGAAGAAAGAACCUAAAGAUGAAUACAAGCCCUCUCCUCCACCAAAACUGUACUUUGAUGCAAAUCAAUUAAAUGUUCAAAAAGAGAGCAUUUUUGGAAGACCAAAAGUUUAGAGUAUAAGACUGAACUCUUAAAAUCAAAAUAAUCAAAAGGAGGAUAUCUUCUUUGGAAGGAAGGUUCGUUAUUCCAAUUCUCAUUUGUAAAAAUGA